AUGAACAUGGUCAAGUUGAGGCAGAUCCUCGAACUGAGGAGGGCCACUAAGGCUCCCCCAUUAGUACCACCUAAGAACAAAAGGUACCGGAUUACGGUAGAGUACUGUAACUUUUAUCUUUUUUAGAGGAUCCGACUCCGAUUAUCGGCGGGGUCCAAAGGAAAUCAUCGAUGUUCACAUUAGUGCUCGGUGAGAGAGAUUGAUACCUUUUUCUGUUGGUAUAAAUAGUUCAAGUGUAGCAGUAUUUUAUUUCAGUCAUUUCCGUUGUCUUUCUAAAUAUACCAGUGCCAAUAUUGUUCUCAUUUUCUCGGAAAGCGAUGACGCAAGAAAGGGACCUUGGCGAGUUGUAGGUUGAUUUGAAGAAGGUAAAUUGUCAUCGACUGUUUGCAGACCACCGCUUCUGAAAUAAUCCCCAAAGCGGAGUGUUUUGAUUUGAGCUCCGUCUUUGCUGUCGAAUUUCAAUUUGAAAGAUGUCAGUAUAUAAAGGUAGAUAUGUAAGUAAAACUAAUAAAAAACAUGGUAGGAAUAUUUUUAAAGAUAUUUUAAUUUAACGGUUGGAGUUCGAAUUAAUUUUAGAUGUGAAUGGGAGGAAAGUAACGCGGUCAGUCUGGGUUAUGCCAUCUUCACAGUUGCAGAAUUGGUUGUAAAGUACGGAAUUGGGAUUGAGAAGGAAAUCAUGUAAGGCGAGACUGAGUUGUUUUUAGGCUAAUAUUGCGGAUGCUUUCAGAGAGGAUGAAUCUGGCCAGAAGAUUGCUGAUAUCUCCAUUUCCUGCACUCUGCGGCCGAAACCGCAUUCCGUUCUCUUACAGUUCUGUGCCCGCGGGGUAUCAAAAAAAUCACUUGCCCUGGGGGCGUCUCAGGUAAUUUCAGCACAAUUUUAUUCAACUUUCAGAUGUUUUUUGAGGUAAAAAAAGUUGAGUCAAGAACUGGGUCGGUAGUGUUGUAUCGAAGUGAGACUGUGAAAUACGGGAAUAAAUGUAUAUUUAAGACUUUUUCUCUUCAGUCGUCUGAUGUAAAUGACAGGUAAGUGAAAAAUUUAAUUUUCUGGACCGUCAUACAGUAUACUGGAAGUCACAUGCUACCAAAAAGACGUAAAGAAUGCAAAAAUAUUCAUUGGAUCCUGUGAAACCACUUAUGAACGACUAAGAAUCGGACCCACGUUAAGCAACGUUUAUGCUGUAAGUCUAGUUGUAUUUGCUUUUAAAUAAAAUGGUUGCAGUUAUCAUACGAAAACUCAAAAGGGCAAAAGAAAGUCUGCGGGGAGUUUGAAUUGUUGAAGUUUAAUGAAAUGGUCCUCCCAUCGUUCCUCGAGUUUAUCACCACAGGGUAAGACAGGUGGUCGAAGAUUCAACGAUUAUGACUCGUUCAGGACUCUGAUUAAUGUCGCCUUUGCUAUCGAUUUCACUCAAAACGAAUUCCAAGUUGAUCCUCAGAAUGUCCAGCAGUAUUUAGAUGACGUUGAGUUGGCCAUCAAGGCGAUUGGUGAGCCCCUGAGGGAGUUUAACAUCUCCAGUGCAUACGCGGCCUUCGGGUUUGGGGCCAAGGUCCCGCCACAUUUCCGAGAAUCUCAGGAAUUCUGCUUGGUAUGUUCUUUGACCACCUUUCUAUUCAAGAUAAUAAUUUUUCUUUAGAAUUUGGACACAGACCCCUACUGUCGAGGAUUAGAUGGUGUCCUCGAUUCCUUCAAGACAGCUUUUGCAAACACACAGCCCAUCAACAUGGCCCAUCUAUCACACGUCAUCUACUAUGUCUCCAAGUAAGUCCGUAUGUUCUGAACGUUCAAACCACUGACAGGCUGGCCCAAAAUGCUGUCGCCCGAUGCAAAGCCGGACAGACACAGUAUCAUAUACUGGUCCUGAUUACUCGUGGGAUUUUUGAUGACAUUAAGGAGACGGUGCAAGCUUUAAUAUUUGCCUCAAGGGCCCCAAUAUCCGUGGUUUUUGUGGGGAUUGGAGAAUUGGAUCUGAGUGAAUUGGAACGUCUCGGAACAGCCGGAACAAGACUCAAUUAUCAUGGAAGAAAACCGGAGAGAGAUUGCAUGCAGGUAAUUCAGAUGGGUAAUGCAAUUUGAGCUUUAAAGUUUGUCUCCGUUCCCAAAUGCCGAGAGGAAGAAAGCACCAAGCCAGAGCUUCUUGGCUUAAUCGCAGAGAGAGGCUUGGUCUCAGUACCUUAUCAGAUGACGUCAUGGAUGUCACGAAAUGGAAUUAAACCUCCUGUUCCUGAUCCUUGUUCAUCGGUAAGCUCCCACUUUUAAUAUUAUACAUCAAUUAACAUGUCAUCAUAUCUAGUCAUUAACAUCAAAGAUCCCCUUUUCAGCGCCAUUCUGCCCGUGGUAGUACAGUUUUCAGACCAACCUUUCCAUCUUUACAUUCUAUGCAAGCAAAUGUUGUAGGGAUAUCUUCUGUUGACAUGAAUUCAUGCGCUACUAGAUCACUCCAGAGUAAUGAAAUGUUGACAGAUGAAGAUUCCCUUCGAUCUUCACUCUGCGAAAGAGAUUCUUCCAGUUUUAAGUGAGUGAAACUAGACUAAUUGUAAUGGUUUCAGAGAGAGUCGAAGCUCAAGGAAACUCCCGUCCCUGGAUCAAUGCCGAUCUCAUUCCGUCAAUGAGAGUGGCCAUCGUUAA